AUGGAUGCGACGAAGCAGAAAAAGGCUCCCCUCGACCUGGAGGAGCUUAUUCGCAAGAAAAAGGAGGCUGAUGCGGCAGCCAAGAAGCCUCGCUUCAUACCAAAGGCCCAGAGACUGGCGCUGCAGGCCAAGAAGGCCGAGGAGGAGAAGGCGCAAGAAGCAGAGAAGGAGCGUGAGCGAAAAGAAGCCCAUGAACGAUCGAGAAGAGAUUUUCUGGCCCGCGCCGACCCCAGAUAUCAAAACCAUUCGUCGUCAUCGUCGUCCUCUAUACCGACCGGCCCCAAGGCGAUGCGACACAACGGGACCACGAAUGGACAAUCGAACGGCGACAGAAAGAAAGAUGCAGAGGAGAAAGGCAGCCACGGCAAGAGGACAUGGGAAGAAGACGAAGAGAGGCUACGCAGGGAGCGGUAUCUGGGCCCUCCAGUGAACGAGAGCACCUUUUCCGCGAACAAGAAGCGAAAGAGGACGGGUAACAAGUUCAACUUUGGGUGGGACGCCUCAGAAGACACCAGCAAAGAGCACGAUCCCAUAUACGCCCAAAAAGCAUCAUCUCUGAUCGGCUCUGGUCGGCUGGCUGGUUUCGGGGACGAGGCGAGAGAAGAGAACGCAAGGAAUUUUGCCGCCAAGCUGGCGCAGAGGGAUCCUCAACGGGCAAAGGAAUAUCUGGAGCAGUUCGAGGCGGCCCAAAAGAAGUUGGCAGCUCGAAACACUCUUGGGAGGCACUGGUCCGAGAAAGCUCUCGAGGAGAUGCGCGAGCGAGACUGGCGUAUCUUCAAAGAAGAUUUCGGCAUUGCUACUAAAGGCGGAGCAAUUCCAAACCCCAUGCGAAAUUGGACCGAGUCCGGCCUGCCGAAAGACCUACUCGAUGUCAUCAAGCAAGUCGGCUACGACGAACCCUCGCCUAUCCAGCGAGCCGCAAUCCCCAUCGCUCUACAGGCGCGUGAUCUGAUCGGAGUGGCGGUGACAGGUUCGGGAAAGACUGCAGCAUUCCUGCUCCCUCUACUGGUCUACAUCCGAAGUCUUCCGGCACUCGACGAGUACAACAAAGCCGACGGCCCUUACGCGCUCAUUAUGGCGCCGACUCGUGAACUUGCCCAGCAGAUCGAAUCAGAGGCCAAAAAGUUCGCAGAGCCUCUGGGCUUCAACACAGUCAGUAUUGUUGGUGGACACUCUCUCGAAGAGCAGGCCUUUGCUCUGAGAAAUGGUGCCGAAAUCAUUGUUGCAACGCCAGGACGUCUCAAGGACUGUAUCGAGAGACGCCUCCUGGUCCUGUCACAGUGUUGCUACAUCGUCAUGGACGAAGCAGACCGCAUGAUUGACCUGGGCUUUGAGGAGGCACUAAACAAGAUCCUGGACGCUCUCCCCGUCACCAACGAGAAGCCAGACACAGAGGAGGCCGAAAAUGCGCUACUGAUGAAGCAGAACAUCGGCAUCAAGGACCUUAAAUACAGACAGACCAUGAUGUACACGGCAACCAUGCCGCCACUCGUCGAGAAGAUUGCUAAACAGUACCUCCGAAGGCCGGCCAUAGUGACCAUCGGCAAUAUCGGCGAGGCCGUUGACACAGUUGAGCAGCGGGUUGAGCUUAUCAACGGGGAGGACAAGCGCAAGAAGCGCCUCGGAGAGAUCCUCCACUCGGGCCAGUAUGAUCCGCCCAUUAUUGUUUUCGUCAACAUCAAGCGAAACUGUGACACGGUGGCGCGUGAUAUCAAACGGCUCGGUUUCAACGCGGUCACGCUGCACGGCAGCAAGACGCAGGAGCAGAGAGAAGCAGCGUUGGACUCUGUGCGCAAGGGCGAAUCGAAGAUCCUGGUGGCAACAGAUCUCGCGGGACGUGGUAUCGAUGUUCCGGACGUGUCACUCGUCAUCAACUUCAACAUGGCGCCGAGUAUCGAAGCGUAUACCCAUCGUAUCGGUCGUACGGGACGUGCGGGCAAGAGUGGUGUCGCCAUCACGUUCCUGGGCAGUGAAGACGAUGACGUGAAGUAUGACCUGAAGCAGAUGAUCAUGAAGUCACCGAUAUCCAAGGUACCAGAGGAACUUAGACGGGAUCCAGCUGCUCAACAGAAACCGGUCAGAGGUGGCGGCCGGAAGACAGAGGCGCCUGCGUUUGGAGCGAAGGGGGGUUGGUAG